CCAAAUCUGCCAGACGAGGGCAAGGGCAUCUGUUCAUGGGGAAUGAGUAGAUCAGAGACUGUCCUUCCAGCCAGAGCAAGGCUUCAGCAAGAGGAGGAGGCACAAGUGAGCAGAAAUUCCAUACCACUCAGUGAGCAUGAUAAGAGGGUAUCAAGAGUUCUGGAGACCAUGGCGGAGAAGAAGGCUAUC